AUGCUGCAUCGACCGAUUGAAAGAGGAUGUCACGCCUGGGUGUUUGCAAGCGCCAGACGAGGCAACGGCGGCAAACUGAACGAGUUUCACCGCUCUCCCAAAAAGCACCAAAGCCGAAUCAAACCGGUCAACCGCAACAUUCGAGACAGUCAGAAGGUCGCGGCCCGACGAUCUCGAACCGAUGGGAAUAAACGGCACAGCGUCCGUCGUGCUUUCAAGGAAUACCGGGAGCCCCUCAGCUCUGGCGGCCUCCGUAGCGGCAUGUAUCAGAGCUUUCCCCGCGCCGCGGCCUCGGAAGCGGUAGCCAGUGCACAAGAACGUCAAAUAAAGAGCCGGGCAUCUCCGCCGGGCCCGGGUCCGCCGCCGUCGGUGGUGUCCGGUGCCGGCGGAGAGAGAACGCCCAUGAGAUGUCAGCAACUAGAAGAUUUGGGGCUUUGA